GCCAUUGUUUUUAACAUUUGGGUAUUCAUUUAGCUUCGCGUUUUAGGCUUCACUCCAGCUCAAUUCACAUUCUGUUUGCAUCGAAUGUGUUUUGUCAUUAGAACUUCAAAGGAUGCAGUGAAGAAAAAGACUGAUACUUUAAUUACAAUUAGUUUAAUUUGCUUUUCUGGAGAAAGAAUGAUUUCAAACUCAAAUCUCCUUCUCUGUCUUAAACUUCCAUCUCUCACGAGUAACUACUGUAGUCUAAACCCUGAGAAAGCCUCUGCACUUUGUUUGUCAAUGUCACUUAUACAUGAACCCUUGAAUUCGUAUGUUUCUCUUCCUUUUACCACUAACUUCCCUCUUUAAGUUUUGGGUCACUGCUGGAUUGGGGUUUUUAUUCAUUAAAAUUUAAAAUUUUGUUGGCGACCUAUUGUUUAGUAUAGAGAUGAAAGUGACAUAGCUACUGUAUUUGCGUCUACAAUAGUCUUAUUCUUGGAAUCUUGCUAUAUUACAGAAAAAAAUAUGAUGCAACCAUAUGCAUAAAGUGACCCUACAAAGCAAGACUUUGACUCGCUUAAACAAUUUCCACCAAAUUACAAGGUGGAGGAGAGGAGUUAAGAUGCUUCCUACCUUUUGCAAGUUUAGUUGCAAGUCGUCAAGAUUAAUUUGCAUUUGUGAAUCUGUCUAUUGUGUAUCAAUUGCAAGAUGGGUAGUUGUGUCUCUGUCCAGCUCCAAGCACCAUGCGAUCAAGUGCUGAACCAUCUCGGUAGCUGCUUCUGCAGCAAACUUAAAUAUAUCCAAAACCUCAGGAAGAAUCUUGUGGAUUUGGAGACAGCCAUGGAAGAUCUCAAGGCGGUGCGAUCUGAUCUGCUACGGAAAGUCCAUGCAGCAGAAGAAGGAGGAGGUCUACAAAGGCUUCAUCAAAUCAAGGUAUGGCUUGAGAGAGUCGAGUCUAUUGAAUCUAAAUUCAAUGGUCUAUAUAAUAGUAGAGAUGUUGAACUUAAGAGGUUGUGUUUUAAUGGGGCUGGCCCCAAGAAUUUAAGAUUGAGCUAUCUUUACGGAAAGAGGGUCUUCAAGAUGUUGAAUAUGGUUAAAGACUUGAAAUCUAAAGGGUUUUUUGAAGAGGUGGCUAGUCCUGCUGCUAGAGCUGUGGGAGAGGAAAGACCUUUAACCCCAACGGUCGUUGGUCAGGAAACAGUUCUUGAAAAGGCGUGGAACCACCUCAUGGAUGAUGAAACUAAGAUCAUGGGUCUAUACGGUAUGGGUGGAGUAGGGAAAACAACUCUUCUCACACAGAUCAACAAUAAGUUUGUUGAUAUGUGUGACACACAUGAUGGGGUUGUUAUAGUCAUUUGGGUUGUGGUCUCUGGUGAUCUACAAGUCCACAAGAUACAACACAGGAUUGGCAACAAGAUAGGAUACAAAGGUGUUGAAUGGAAAAAGAAAAAGGAAAACCAAAAGGCACUAGACAUAUUCAAUUUCUUAAGCAAGAAGAGAUUCGUGUUGCUUUUGGAUGACAUAUGGAAGAAAGUAGAUUUAACCGAGAUUGGUAUCCCUAAUCCAACAAGCCAAAACGGAUGCAAGAUAGUAUUCACAACUCGCUCUCUAGGCGUAUGUACAAGUAUGGGUGUCCAUGAACCAAUGGAGGUACGAUGUUUAAGCACAAACGAUGCGUGGGACUUGUUCAAGAAGAAAGUUGGACAAAACACACUUGAUAUACAUCCUGACAUUCCCAAGAUCGCAAGAAAAGUCGCUGGAGCAUGCCGUGGCUUGCCUCUAGCGUUGAAUGUAAUCGGAGAGACAAUGUCAUGUAAGAAGACGACACAAGAAUGGUACCAUGCGGUUGAUGUUUUGAAAACUUACGCUGCGGAUUUUAGUGACGUGAAGGAGAAGAUACUCCCCAUUUUGAAGUACAGCUAUGAUAAUCUUGAAGGUGAAAAUGUCAAAUCUUGCUUCCUGUAUUGCUCUCUGUUUCCUGAAGAUGCUUUGAUAGACAAAGAGAGGGUUAUAGAUUAUUGGAUAUGUGAAGGGUUCAUUGAUGGGGUUGAGAGUAAAGAAAGAGCAGUGAACCAAGGGUAUGAGAUACUAGGCACCCUUGUGUGCGCCUCUUUAUUACAGGAAGGAGGGAAGUACGACAACAAGUCAUACGUGAGAAUGCAUGAUGUGGUUCGAGAGAUGGCACUGUGGAUAGCAUCUGAUCUUGAGAAGCAUAAAGAAAGUUACAUCGUACGAGCUGGUGUUGGGUUAAACGAAGUGCCAAAGGUCCAGAACUGGCAACUUGUGACAAGGAUGUCACUGGUGAAUAACAAGAUCAAAGAGAUACAUGAGAGUCAUCAUGAGUGUCCUAACCUUACAACUCUUCUCCUUCAGAACAACAGAUGUCUUGUAAGCAUCUCCGGUGAAUUCUUCAGGUCUAUGCCAAGACUAGUUGUUUUGGAUCUUUCGUGGAACGUCGAACUCAAAGCUUUGCCUGAGCAAAUAUCAGAGCUGGUUUCAUUGCGUUAUCUUGACUUGUCAGAGUCCAACAUUGUGAGAUUACCCGUUGGUUUACAGAAGCUGAAAAGGCUGAUGCAUCUGAAUCUAGAGUCUAUGCUGUGCCUUGAAGGUGUCUCAGGGAUAUCGAAUCUGUCGAGUUUGAAGACGUUGAAGCUACUUAACUUCAUAAUGUGGCCAACCAUGAGCUUACUAAAGGAGUUGGAACGCUUGGAACAUUUAGAAGUUCUGACCGUAGAGAUCACGUCAAGUUCAGUAUUGAAACAACUCUUGUGCUCGCACAGGUUGGUGAGAUGUCUUCAAAAGCUAUCUAUCAAGUACAUAGAGGAAGAGUCAGUCAGAGUUUUGAGUCUGCCAUCGAUACAAGAUCUCCGUGAAGUGUUUAUAGGAGGGUGUGGGAUCCGGGAGAUAAUGAUAGAGAGGAACACAAUGCUGACAAGUCCAUGCUUACCUCACCUGUCCAAAGUUUUGAUCGCUGGUUGCAAUGGUCUCAAGGAUUUGACGUGGCUUUUGUUCGCUCCUAACCUCACUCAUCUAAGUGUUUGGAACUCAAGCCAGCUAGAAGAGAUAAUAAGCCAAGAGGAAGCUGCAGGGAUUGAUAUUGUUCCUUUUAGGAAGCUAGAAUAUCUACAUUUGUGGGAUUUGCCUGAGCUGAUGAGCAUCUACUGGAGUCCUUUGCCGUUUCCUUAUUUGAGUCUGAUCAAUGUACAAAACGAUUGUCAAAAGCUGAGAAAGCUUCCGUUGGAUUCUCAGAGUUGUGUUGCGGGUGAAGAGCUUGUCAUAGAGUACGGAGAUGAAGAAUGGAAAGAAAAAGUUGAAUGGGGGGAUGAAGCUACGAGACUCCGUUUCUUACCUUCAUGCAAGUUGGUUUUGUAUGAUGUUUGAGCAAGAGAAAGCUUCCAAAUGUCUUGUAUGUCACUCCUCCUCUCAUUUUCAUGUUGCCUUUGUUUCACUUUGUUCUUUUCCAUUCUUCAUCAUUUGUAUUGUUCUUCCCUUUCUUCUACCACACUGUGUGUCCUUAAGAGUUCACUGGAUUUGUAUCUGUUACCCUUUUAUAUUGCCUCCAUGUUUUCUGAAUUAUCGUUUGAGAUUAAUGCCUAGAGUUGAAUAUAUAGGCUGUUUUAUCUUGGUUUUGUGAGGCCUUAUUGCUUUCUCUUGGCAGCAGUGGGAGGUUGAUUCUGGAUCUUGAUGCCAUGUGAUCAAGUGGUGAAUCAAGUCUCUCAGUGUCUUUGCAUCAAUGGGAGUUACAUUCACAUCCUCUCCGAGAAUCUAGCAUCGCUGCAGAAGAUGAUGUGCAAAGAAGAGUUUACAUGACGUUGCAAAAGGCUCUCUCAAGUCCAGAGUGUCCAGAGAGAGUUGAGAAAGCUUCCAUUGGAUUCUCAAAGUGUCUACACAACCAGCUCGCUUCCAAGGAUCAUGAAGAUAAUGCUUAGCUACAUCAGUGUACAUAUGUUCUCUGUUUUGAAUAGUUUUCUUGGAUUAUAAAGAAAUGUUUAAGCAACUCAUAUUUAAUCAAGACGAGUUCACUGUCAUUGAAAUGAAUGAUGUCAGUAAACGUUCUAUA